GUGCUUCAAAUAGUAAAUCUUAAUUUCGUCGUAAAAUAAAUAAUAUGUUUUUAAAAUAUGUAGUUUAAAAGCUAUAUAAUUUUAGUUUUAGUUGUGUUAACGUCAGUGAAGAAAUAUCACAUGUAAAAAGUAUCAAGCCAUGGCUGGUCGGAAGCCAGUGACUAAGAAGGUGAUCAACUCGCCGGAGACGUGUGUGGAUGACAACUUGCGCGGUGUGGUGGCAGUGUACCCCGCGCUCAAGUUGCAUCCCAAACAUCGUGUUAUUACUGUCCGGACCAAGAAUGAUACUGGUAGAGUAGCGGUGCUUGGCGGUGGAGGAUCCGGUCACGAACCUUUUGCUGCUGGUAUGGUGGGUAGCGGCAUGCUGGACGGCGCGGUGGCGGGCGGUGUGUUUGCCUCGCCUCCCACCGGACAUGUGCUGUACGGCAUCGCACAUCUCUACAAGUAUAACUCAGGUGGCGUGCUGGUGAUCAUCGGGAACUACACAGGCGACAGACUGAAUUUUGGCAAGGCUAUAGAGAAGGCAAAGAUUGCUGGCAUAAAGGUGGAAGGUUUGAUAGUGGGCGAGGACGUGGCGUCCAGUCAGAACAAGACGGGCGGUCGUAGUAUGGUCGGGGAGGUCAUCUUUUAUAAGUUGUGCGGUGCGAUGGCUCAGAAAGGGUAUGAGCUGGUAAGCAUCCGUGAUAUGGCAGCUGAAGCCAACAAGUACAUGGCCACCCUCGGUGUCUGUCUGAGCGCUUGCUCCCUACCAGGUCAGCCACCGCUGUUCGAGAUCCUGUCUGAUGAAAUGGAGCUGGGGGCGGGGGUGCAUGGAGAGGCGGGCAUCCGUAAAAUGAAGCUCGGCACUGCAAGGGAAGUCGUCGCCAUGAUACUUGACCAGGUAAUAGAUCAUUUGAAGUUGAAGGCGGGAGACAGAACAGCAGUCACCAUUGACAACCUGGGCAGCACCUCCUUCCUGGAGAUGAACAUCAUCAGCGCAGAAACCAAAGAUUACUUAGAAUCCAAACAAAUUGUUGUGGAGCGGAUAUUCUCCGGCCAUCUCAAGACGUCGUUGGAGAUGCACGGUUUCCAGAUCUGCGUGCUGCAUCUGAACAGGGAGCACGGGGACCUGUGGCUGGAGCUGCUCGACUUCCCCACGGACGCCGCCGGCUGGACAGGAGGCGUCGCGUCCCAGAGGGGCGAGGUGGACCACGGAGACGAUCUUACCUUGCUGCAGGCUGAUGGAAGGAAGAUGACAUCAGGUCCAUCUCUAGGCAGCAAGCAGCAGGCGGUCCUUAAAGCCAGUUUGACUGCGGCGGCGGCGGCGCUCGUUAAGAGCGAGGCGCUGCUCAACAGGCUCGACUCCGGCUGCGGGGACGGUGACUGUGGUAUCACGCUCAAGAAGUUUGCACAAGCUACACUAUCAUACUUGGAGAACGCGGAUCUGGAGCACCCGUCCAGCGUGCUGUGGGCGCUGUCGGAGGCGGCGGAGACUGACAUGGGCGGCACCUCUGGUGGUAUCUACAGCCUCGGUCUGGCAGCCGCAUCACAGGCACUGGCUAAUGCGAAAUGUAAUGACCCCGCGGCCUGGCUCUCGGCGUGGGAGCAGGCUAUGGCUGCUAUCACCAAGUACGGAGGCGCCGAACCCGGAGACAGGACUAUGCUCGACACUCUGCACACGGCUGCGAGUGCGUUCAAAGCUAACCUCAACGCAGACCUGAAAACUUUACUCCAGAAGACCGCGGAUGCUGCGGAAGUUGGCUGCCGAGCUACUGCCAACAUGACGGCCAGGGCGGGACGUGCGUCGUACGUGUCGGAGGAGCACGUGAGCGGCGAGGACGCGGGCGCGCGCGCCGCCGCGCUCUGGCUGCGAGCUGUACUCGACUCUAUUGCACAAGCAUAUUAAGCUUAUAUUACAAUGAAUACAUUAUUUUAUACCAAAAAAUAAUAUUAAAAUUUAAUUGAUUUUUCGAAUUAUAUUUAUUUAAAUAAAA